AAAACAGCUGCUGGAUAAGUGACCUGUGACAACCUUUAAAAAUAUUUUUAGUAUAGGUACACAAAUAAAUAGGUACAGUAAAAAAUAGCAUUUCAUUUUGAGUAUUACUUUGUUACAUUACUUUCUAGAAUUAUUAAAGCCUGAAUUUAAUUUAUAAACAAGUACCAGCUUAUUGAAAAUGGUGACCUCGUUUUACAUUAUGAAGUUGAAUGAGGCUAGAGUUAAUAUGGAAGAAUACUACAGUGAUUUACACAACACUCCACUACCUGUAUUUAGUAAGAAUUUAAAGCGUAAAACUAAAUGUAGGGUUUGCCUGCAGGAUGGCGACUUGCCCAUGAACAGUGUCACAAACCACAAUGAAAUGAAGGAAGCCUUAAAUAUAUUUGCUGACAUCGAGUUUCAGGAUAGUGAUAAAGACCAAACAUAUAUUUUGUGCUAUGUUUGCUACAAAUUUCUUAAAAAUGCUAUUUUAUUUAGGAAAGUUGCGCAACGAACGAAUGAAACUUUAAAGCAAUCAUCCUUAGCAAAAACAAUCAAACAAUCACCAAUACAACAAACAUUAAAACAGUCACCUGAUCAUUUUCAAGAUUAUGAAUAUUCUGGAACGCCUGAUGAGGAUAAACCGGAUCAUUCAACUGAAGCAGAGUGCGAGGAAGACUUCGAAGAAGAGUCAACCAAAAUUCCAUGUCCCAUAUGUCAAAAACUUCUCAGUAAGUCUUAUUAUAAGAAACACAUGGAUCUACACAAUCCAGAUAUUCCUGCCCAACAUGUAUGUGAUAUUUGUGGGAAGGCAUUCAAGUUAAAGGAGGUUUACAAUAGACAUAAGGAACGACAUGAAACCAGAUAUAUUUUCAAAUGUGAACUGUGUCCUUAUGCAGGCAGGUACAGAGAAAGACUGUGGAUGCAUAUGCGUGUGCAUACUGGCGAAUUGAAAUACUUGUGUACAGAAUGCCCAGCCAGAUACACUACUGGCGGCAGUUUGAGUGAUCACAUGAAGUUGAAGCAUACUGAGCCACAAUAUAAAUGUGAUUCUUGUGAUAAAGCAUAUCAUAAUAAUUUGAAUCUGCAGAGGCACAUUGAUACAGCACAUUUAGGAAUUAAGAACCAUGAGUGUAAUGUAUGUGGCAAAACAUUUGGUUACAGAAAAAAAAUGCUGGAUCAUCAAAGAAAAAUUCAUAAGAUGGUAGGCUUGAGACCUAAUGUCAAGAGAUUGGAUAAAAAAUCUACCAAGAAUGUGAAAGUGGAUGAAUGUAAUCAGUAAUUAAUAAUAAUAAAUAAUUAUACUUUUAAUAUAUUAUAAAUACUUUUAAGCUGUUAAGCCUAGUAAUUUGAAUUAAAUAAUCCUAAUCAAGGGCUCAAAAUAUGGUAUCAAAUCCUGGGAUUCAUAAAGAAACUGAUGUGUUAAAAAGGUGAAAUAUUUUGUGGACAUCUGCAAUAUCUAAGAGAAAUUCUAGGUUUCAUUUAUUGUAGGUUUGUUUGAAUGUCAUCCUUGGUGGAAAGCAAUAUUUAUAUAGGUAGGUAAUAUCUAAUAUUAUUAUUUAUUAAUAUAUUCUGUUUAUGUCUAAAAAGAAAUAGAGA